AUGGAUAACCCCGAGCAGCGCGAGGCAAAGGCGGAGGAUCAGGCAGCACAGCCACACGAGUCGUACUAUCAGCAGCAACAGCAUUAUGGCCAUGACGCUCACUCGUACGAUCACCAACAGUACCACCAACACUACCAGCAGCAGCAGGCGCAAGCGGCGCAGGCGCACUACUACGGGUACGACCCGAGUCUCGCGCAGCAUCACGCGCCCCCCCAUUACCCGCACCACCAACCCCCUCACCACCCUUACGCUUAUCCUCCCCAACCCUACCCUCCCUCCGUUUACAACCAACCAAAUCCCUACCAGCCACCUCCCCAGCCCGCCUAUCCACCGGCUCAGGACUCCGCCUUCCCCGCAAAUUCCCCGCUUGCCGCCUUCUUCGAUCCGCGCGAGCCUCCGCCAGCCGCGGUGGCGGCCCCGGCGAGCGAGGAGGUGCGCGGGCGCGUGGAAAAGGCCGUCGAGUACGCCGCGAAGAACGGGCCGCAGUUCGAGGCGCUCAUGCGCGACAAGCAGCGCGGCCAACCCGCGUACGCCUUCCUCGAGGCGGGCGGGGAGGGCGCGGACUACUAUCGCUUCCGCCUCUGGUGCGCGCUCUCUGGGUCGGGGGCCGCGGAUGCGGUGGCUUGGACGGAGGGGAAGAGUGCAGCUGAUGGGCAGGCGGAGCAAGCCGUGGGGAAGCAGGGGGAGGCGGACGGGGAGCACGGCAGCGCGGAAGUGAAGGUAGAGGGGGAGCAGGAGGGGGAGAAACAAGCAGUAGGGGGCGCGCCGGGCGCGCAGCAGGCGCAGACCGGCUCUGAGGCCCCUCCUGCGGUCCCUCUCCCCUCCGAUUCCACCCCUCCCCUUCCCCCGGAGCCCCCGCUCCCCCCCAUGCCCCCACCCCCCGCGGACCCUGCUGACGUGGCGCUGCAGGCGGCGGUGGCGGCGGCGGGGCUGCCGGCGGACGUGGGGGGCGAGGCGGUGGCGCUGCUGGCGGGGCUGAGCGGCACGAAGGAGGCCAUCAAGGGCGGCAAGGCGUGGGUGGCGUGGCGCGCGGGCAUGGGGUGGGCGCCGCACAUCGCGUGGGUGCUGCGGGAGCGCAUGGCGGCGCUGGCAGGGCAGCCGGAGCGGCAGCUGCAUGUGAUCUACCUCGUCAACGACGUGCUCUUCAACAGGUGUGUGGUCAACGACGUGCUCUUCAACAGGUGUGUGGUCAACGACGUGCUCUUCAACAGUCUACAGCAGAGGCCACAGCCGGGGGCGGUGGACGCGGUGGCGGCGGCGCUGCAGCCGUGUUUGGGCUUCAUGCUGGCGGCACUGUUCCACGGGGGGGGUGACGCGCAGAGCAGCAACCAGGAGCGGCUGGGGAAGAUCCUGGCGUUCUGGGCCAGCAAGGAGGUGUACCCGGGGGAGGCCAUGGCGCACCUGGGCGCGCUCAUGCGCCUGCCGCCCCACCAGCACCCUCCCAUGCCGCCCCCGCCACCUGUGCCUGCUAUGGACUACCACGCUGCAGCCACACAGCCGUAUGCCCAUGGCAUGCACCCCCACGCCCCUCCCCCGCCCGCAUGGCCCCCUCUUCCACCGCACAUGCCGCCCAUGCCUCACGAUGCAGCAGCCCCUGCCUCUGCACCCGUGCCCGCCACCCCCCCUUCCUUUCCCCCGCCCCCUGCCCCCGCCACUCAACCCCCACACCAACCCUCGCCCGCACCAGUCCCCAGCGCCCCCCCUGAGCCGCAGCCCCCCACCCCAGACGCGCCGCCUGCGGCCCCCGCGCCCACGCCUGCGGAGAAGGCGCCGUACCCGCUGUUCCCGCCGGGGCUGAUCCCGGGCAUGGUGCGCAAGAAGCAGGUGGGGUCGGGCGUGCCGUACGCGCCCAUGGCGCCGCACGACAUCCCCUCCACCAUCCCCCCGCCCCACGAGUCCGAGGAGUACCUGCGGCGCCGCAUCGCACGCUUCUUCAAGGCCAUUGGGGAGACGGACCCCCUGGCGGAGGGGGAUGAGGACGAGGAGGAGGAUGCGGAGGAGGCGGAUGGCGGCCGGGGGAUUCUUGGGGCGGGCAUUGGGAAGAGAGGGCACGGGCAUGGAGGGCAUGGGGUGGGUGGCGGGGGGAAAAGGGGCCCAGGGGCGAAGCCACGCGCCAUGUCACCGCCACCAGCGAUUGGCAUGGAGGGGGGCGGGCUGGGACUGGGCAUGGGCGGGGGAGGGCUGGGACUGGGCAUGGGGGGAGCGGGGAUUGGAGUGGGCAUGGAAGUUGAUCCGGAGACUGGCAUGUUGCCGGACGGCAGUGUGGUGCAGAAGCCUGGCAUGGGCGGCGCGAGGCUGGGACUGGGUGCCGCCGUGGAAGCCGAUGCUCCGUCGCACUCGAAAGGAAGGGCAAUGGCGGCGCCUGCCAGCAAUCCGUCGAACACGGUGACGAACAUCUCGGAGUUCCAGUGCCUGGCCAAGGAGAAGCUGCCCAAGCAGGCGUACGACUACUACGCGUCGGGCGCCGAGGACCAAUGGACGCUCGCCGAGAACCGCAACGCCUUCGAGCGCAUCAGGUUCCGGCCGCGGAUUCUGAUCGACGUGUCGAGCGUGGACACGACGACGAGCGUGCUGGGCCACCGCAUCUCCAUGCCCAUCAUGCUCGCGCCCACCGCCUUCCAGCGCAUGGCGCACCCCGAAGGCGAGCUCGCCACGGCCCGCGCGGCAGCUAAAUUCGACACGGCCAUGGUAAGCCGGAGCGAUAAACGGGGCGCUGCCGGAAAUGCGCAAUUGCUAGUCUUCAUCUUACCGCCACCAGUGUUCCCUGCCUCCUCUUCUCUAUUUCACUCUUGCCUCUCUUUCCCCCCUCGUUUUCCUCUCCUGCGCCUGCUUCCCCUCCUCUCUCCCCCAUUCCCCUCCCGUCGCCCAUUUCACCGCGCUCCCUCCCCCUGGGGCGAGCAGGUGCUGUCGUCGUGGGCGACGAGCAGCGUGGAGGAGGUGGCGUCGGUGGGUCCGGGUCUGCGCUUCUUCCAGCUCUACGUGUACAAGGACCGGCAGGUGGUGGAGCAGCUGGUGCGGCGCGCGGAGCGGGCGGGGUUCAAGGCCAUCGCGCUCACCGUCGACACGCCGCGCCUCGGCCGUCGCGAGGCCGACAUAAAAAACAGGUUCGUGCUGCCACCUCACCUCACUCUGAAGAACUUCGAAGGGCUGAACCUCGGCAGUAUGGACAAGUCCCAGGAGUCGGGGCUGUCGUCGUACGUGGCGGGUCAGAUCGACCGCUCGCUCAGCUGGAAGGACAUCGCAUGGCUCAAGUCCAUCACAUCGCUGCCCAUUCUCGUCAAGGGCGUCAUCACAGCAGAGGAUGCGGAAAUAUCGAUAGAGUACGGGGCGGCGGGCAUCAUAGUGUCCAACCACGGCGCCCGCCAGCUGGACUACGUCUCCGCCACCAUCUGUGCACUCGAGGAGGUGGUGAAGGCAGCGCGAGGGCGGGUGCCGGUGUUUCUGGACGGUGGGGUGCGGCGCGGCACGGAUGUGCUCAAAGCGCUUGCCCUUGGUGCCGCGGGUGUCUUCGUGGGGCGGCCGGUGCCAUUCGCGCUGGCGGUGGACGGGCAGGCGGGGGUGGAGAAGCUGCUGGGCAUCCUCAAGGACGAGUUUGAGCUCGCCCUCGCCCUCGCCGGCUGCACGCGUGUGGCGGACAUCAAGCGCUGCCACGUGGAGACGGAGGAGGACCGCCUGCGCAAGGCCAUCACCUCCCGCCUCUGA